UUAAUCAUAACAAAAGUUGUUCUUAAAAUAAGAUUAAGCUCAGUUCUUAUGUUCUUUUUAAAAAGUUCUUUCUGGGGUUUUAUUCUUUAUCCAAAUCAAGGGUUUUGUUCCUAUUUGUAACUACAAACUGGGUUCCUUUUUUUUGAUUUUCUUAAAUUAAAGACACUGUUCUAUUGCUAUUAUUACAACAAAGUUUCUUGAUUUUUAGGGGGUUUGGCAACAUUUUUUAUGGGGUUUUGGUUGAUGGGUCUUCUACAUGAUUCCCCAAAUCAGUAGGUGAAAGGAAAGAAAUCAAGUGCAAAUGAAGUUGAUGUUGAGUUAUCUUCAAAUUAAAUUUCAGAGAAAUUGAAAUGGUGAAGAGAAAAUGGUUGUGGGGGAAAAAAUCAUCUGAGAAGACUAUUAGUGGUGAGACUGAAAGCUCAGGUUCAAUGUCUUCACAUUCUGACAAACUUUCUGAAGACCAGCAGGAACCCUUGAAAGAAUCUCCAAGUAACCACCAGUCACAAGAAGUUAACUCUAAAGCCGCAGAAACUGAAAUCAACAGAGAAGAGACCGACGAGAAGGAGCAAAGCUUGACUCAAAAUCUUUCAAAUGCUUCAGAAAAUAAUAGGUCAAAAGAUAAGUUAUCAGAGAAAGAUGCAUCUAACAUAUUUUUGAAUGGGGAUACUGAACAACUAUCAAAAGGUAGCCUUUCAAAUGGAAAUUCGUCUAGUGUAAUUUCCGUGGAGGACACUCAAGGAGUGAAUUUUGCGGUUCAAGUCAGCAACGGUUGUGUAAAAGAUAACGACAGUCUCAAGCUUCUGACUGAAAAACUCUCUGCUGCUCUUGUGAAUGUCAGUCACAAAGAUGAACUAGUUAAACAGCAUUCUAAAGUUGCUGAAGAAGCUGUUGCAGGAUGGGAAAAGGCUGAAAACGAAGCAGCUACCCUGAAGCAACAACUUGAAGCCGCGGUUCAGAAAAAAUCAUCCAUGGAAGCCCGAGUAACCCAACUUGACGAAGCUCUGAAAGAAUGUGUUAGACAGCUUAGACUUGCGAGGGACGAACAAGAAAGGAAAAUAAAUCAAGCUGUUGCUGAAAAAACUAACGAACUGGAACUUUCCAAAACCAGGCUCGAGAACCAGCUAGUUGAGCUUCAGAACCUACUAGAAACUUCUAGAAUGAACUCUCCUGAUCUUGACCUUCGACGUAGGGUUGACUUUUUGGAGGAUGAAAAUAUCGUAAUUAGACAGGAGCUUCAGUCACUAUCGGAGGAGCUGGAGGUGAUGACGAUUGAGAGGGAUCUGAGCACUGAAGCUGCGGAAACAGCUAGUAAGCAGCAUUUAGAGAGCAUAAAGAAGUUGGCUAGGCUUGAGGCCGAGUGUCGAAAGCUAAAAUCACUUUCUCGAGUUUCUUCGUUAAGCAAUUGCAAUGAACGCAAGUCAACCACAACCACUGCUGCUGCUUCCUGUGCUGAAUCUCUAACCGACAGUCAGUCUGACGGUGCUGAACAACUAAGUAUUUCAGAAUGUGAUAGCCGAAAGAUGAAUGGUUCAUGGGCUUCUGCCUUGAUUUCCGAGCUGGAUCAAUUCAAGAGUGAGAAAAACAUGAAUUCAUCUUCUUUGGACAUCAAUUUGAUGGAUGAUUUCCUUGAAAUGGAGCGGCUCGCUGCCCUGCCUGAUAGCGGGCCUCAAGUUCAUUCUGACAAGAUUCCUGAAAAGGCAGAUAGAAGUUUAAGAAUUGAGUUUGAAGAAAUUAUAUGCAAAUUGGAAGCAGAAAAGGCUGAAUUGGGUAUGAAGUUGGCCCGAACCCAAAGUUGUUUCGAGGAAUCACAAGUGCAGUUAAUAGAAACCCAGAUGAAGUUCGAACAACUCGAGAGAGAGUUAAACGGGGCAAAUGAAGGGGAAAACUUUUACAAGGCAUUGUUCAUUCAAUUUGAGAGAGAAGCUAACUUGAUGUCUUCUCAGUUAAAGUCCGUGCGUGAAGAGCUAGAAAGAGAACAAGCAUUAUCAGAGCAAAAUUCCGCGAGCUGCAAAGAUUUGGAGAAUGAGCUGAAAAAGAAGGAAGAGGAACUAGAAAUACAACAACAAGAUGCAAUGUGUAGUGAUGAACUUAGACUGAAGGAUAUGGCUUUAGAGAAAAUGCAAAAUAACUUGGAGAAGUCAAAGGCUCAGCUGAAUCAGGCUGAAAAGAAGCUAGAAGAGGCGAAUGAAGAGAAGAAAUCCCUGAAAUCUGAACUUGAUAGUGUGAGAUUGGAGCUUCAAACAAAGUCAUCUCAGAUUGAGUCAUUGAAUGAGCAUCUGCAGAAGGAAAUUUUGAAUGAACAUGUGCAAAAGGAGCUAAGUGAGGCAAAUGAAGAGAAGAAAUCCCUGAAAUCUGAACUUGAUAGUGUGAGAUUGGAGCUCCAAACAAAGUCUACUCAGAUUGAAUCAUUGAAUGAGCAUUUGCAGAAGGAAAUAUUGAAUGAACAAGUGCAGAAGGUAAUAUUGAAUGAACAAGUGCAGAAGGAGCUUGAAAAGAAGCUAAGUGAGGCAAAUGAAGAGAAGAAGUCCCUGAAAUCUGAACUUGAAAGUGUGAGAAUGGAGCUUCAAACAAAGUCCACUCAGAUUGAGUCAUUAAAUGAGCAUUUGCAGAAGGAAAUUUUGAAUGAACAGGUGAAGAAGGAGCUUGAAAAGGAGCUAAAAGAGGCAAAUGAAGAGAAAAAAUCCCUGAAAUCUGAAGUUAACAGCUUGACAGUUGAGCUCAAAAGAAUUUCAUCUCAGAUUGAAUCAUUGAAUGAAGAUGUGCAGAAGAAGGAGCUUGAGAAGGAGUUAAAAGAGGCGAAUGAAGAGAAGAAAUGCCUGAAUUCUGAACUUGAUUGUGUGAGAGAAGAGCUCCAAAUGAAGUCCUCUCAGAUUGAAUUAUUGAACGAGAAGAUCGAAUUAUUGAAUGAGAAGAUUCAGAAGGAACAAGCUUUGGUAGCAGAACUUUCCAGCAUAUCUGAGUCAAUGGAAUAUGAGCUAAGGAGAAAGACACAAGAACUUGAUAUACAGCAAAAGGCGCACUCUAAUAACGAGAUGAAGAUAAAACAGGAAGAUCUUGCCAUAGCAGCUGGAAAACUCGCCGAUUGUCAGGAAACAAUUGCAUCUCUAGGAAGCCAACUAAAAUCUCUAUCAACACUUGAAGAUUUCCUCAUUGACACUGCAAGUAUACCAAGGUUUUCACCUCCUGCUCCAUUGCUGGAUAGACGUAACAGCGGUGGUGAACCAUGGAAGCUUCAUUCAAACGACACGUAUUUGACAGAGAAGGAACGUGACCCGUUGACUAAUGUCCGGGAUGAUUUGAGCCCGUUUGCAGCAAGUCACGGUACAGGCCGGGAUAUUAGAGGGUCACCGGCAUCUUCAUCAUCAUCAACAUCAGCUUCGCCGGCUUUCUUCUUGAGUUACCCUGGUUCUGACAAGAAUGGGAAUGGUUUUGCAAACUUUUACUCUGUUAGCAGAAGUUGAUUAGUUAAGUUUUGAUUAGCAUAAAUCUAAAAUGAUAGAUUUUUCUGGCUUUCUUAGGUAGUAUUAGUGUUUGCAAAUAUUAUGGGAUAGGAGUUGAAUGAUUUGUAUGGUUAUAGAAAUGAAGGUAGGGUUUUUUCAUGA